GGCCAUCACAUCCUCUUCCCUCCGACUCCAGCUGUCCUCCGUUGCUUGUUGAACCUUCCCCCGGUUCCGCGUGGUGCUUCGUCCAAUCGCCUCCCCCAUUCGAUGCUCAUCCCUUCCCAGUCUCAUUCUUCCUUAUUAUGCGCCCCCGACCCUCGUUCUGCUAAGGUUGUGACCUAUGUGUAGUGAUGGAACUCUCACGGCAGGAGUAUCCAGCGUUGCUGGCCUCUUUGCAGCCCGGCCAAGCUACAAGUGUACUCAAUGAUCGCAUUCGCAUCAUAAACAAAGUCAAUGCGGACAUCGCGGACUGGCUCCAGGAACGUCGUCGCAUUGAAGAAUUGUAUGCCCAAGGGCUGCGGAAACUUGCGCAUCGGCCACAGUUGGACAAUGGCGCAGCGCUCGGUGUCUUCCAGAUACCGUGGCAGCGCAUUAUCACUGCCACCGAAUCGAUUGCCUCUUCGCACGAAACUUUCGCCCAUAAAAUUGAGGAGGACGUAGAACGUCCGCUGCGAGAGUAUAACACGAAAAAUCGGGAAUUGUCUUCCAUGGCUGGUAUCCAGAGCGACCUUGCGGGACUGGCCAAGAACUACGAAGCAUCCCAGAAGAAAGUAGAAAAGGCCAGGGAGAAGGGCCCGAAGGGUGCCGAUAAGCUGGCUAGCGCCAUCGCCGCCGCAGAAGAAAUUAGCCAGCAAUGGGAUUCCAGAGCGCCAUUUGUCUUCGAACAGCUUCAGGCAGCAGAUGAGGGCCGUCUCAAUCACCUGCGAGAUGCUCUCACUCAAUUGGAGACCCAUGAGACGGAUCAGGUUGAGCGCUGCCGUCAGGCUGCCGAAAGCUGUCUGAACGUUCUUCUGAACGUAGAGACUGCAGAUGAGAUCAAGACAUUUGCUGCGAAAAUUAAUGGAGGAAGACCUGUCGUUCCGAGGAGACAACAAACUACCUCGCCUCCCCCAGUAGCACCUCUGUCGCCUCCACCACGCCUGCAGGAUGAUGCUGCUAGUCAGCGAUCGGAACAUUCGGGUCCAGUUAGGACACCUCCAGCACCCGAGCCCCGGCACAAUACACCCCUGGGUGGCCUUAAAAGGCUGGGAACCGUCAUGAACCGACGGAGGAGCAUUGUUCAGCCUUCUAGCGCUGGUCCCUUCUUCUCCGAUAAAAAACACCGCAGUCCGUUUGCCUCCUUUAAGAGGGGUGAUUCGCGCGAGUUGCAGAUUCCGGAGACCCCAACGGAAGGAAUGGAGCGCCCCAGCACUGCCAUGACUACUCAGGAUACUGAGCCUCCAGCUAUCUCGAGUGAAUCUCAUGAGCAUGAGGGAUUUGCUGGCGCGACAUCCACUGCAGUGCCCCAGUCAGCACCGGCUACCGCCAACGGAGCAACAUCUCACGAAGCUCCUUCUGAAGAAAUCACUGCCGCUGCUGGCGUGUCACGCAAUGAGCCACGAGUCGACUCAGAAGGUUUCACGGAGCGUGCGGAGACCAUUGACGAGAUUACCAGGGCCCAAAGAGAGGCGGCCGGAUUGGAGGAGCCCGGGAUGAAUUUGACAAUACGAGACCAGCCAAUCUUUGAGGACGAGGAUCAAGCCAAGCAAGCGAUGGAUGAUAUGGCUAAUCAGCUCAGAAUGCGAGCUCAGCAGAGUGGUGUCCGACGAAAUGCUGGAACCUUACGUGGCCGUCGCGAUGUCCGUAACACUGUCUUUAUUCCUACACCUGCACCGGGAAAUGACCUCCCUGCCAUACCAUCAACCUUGGAUACGUCCGCUCCAACCUCUCCAUCUUUGCAAGCCAGGCAUGUUGCCUCGCCUAGCACGGCUACAGACGACCAUGCCAUGUCCGACACGACCUCGAUUCGCUCGUCUCAUACUCUACAUAGUGCUCCGGGACCCGUCUCGCACCCCGACCUUCACGAACCAGGUCUCAACGCAUCUAUCAUAGACACAGUCAGUGCAUGGUUCACUGAGGGUGCGGUAUCCAAAUCGUUUGUCGUUGGAGAACUUGCGUUGGCAUACAAUGCUACACCGGAUGUGACUCCAGGUAGCACACGGGUUCGCCUUGACAAUUUCCAGAUUCUUGAGAAGGUGGCUGCAAACCCGCACUUCGUGACGGAAGACAAAGGCAAGGAUCAAUUUGAUGAAAAGAGGGGUGAAUAUGAGGUGAACCUGGCUAGCAUUGCUCGGUCUUCGCCGACGGUAGCUUUCAAGUACCAAAUUCACAUGGAACCCUCCGUUGCCGCAGCCUAUUGCCCUGUCAUUUUCAAACCAGUGUGGAAUCUCGAAGAGCACCAAGCCAGUGCGAUCAUCUACUAUUCUCUCAACUCCUCGUUCACGUCUGCGCCAGGAGGCUCAAUUACCCUCAGGAAUCUUGUUUUGACAGUAAACCUGGACACGUCUCCUGUGGAAGGGCGCGAAGUGGCUCAUGCCACAGCAGCCGUCAUGUACCCGAACACCGGUGCAACAUUCCGUCGCAAGCAGUCUGCAGUGACCUGGAAAAUUCCUGAACUUGAAGUCAAGGCUGACUCUGAUGCCAAGUUGCUGGUCCGAUUUUCGACGACAGCCAGUUGGCCACGACAGGGCAAGGUCGAUGCCAAGUUCGAGGUUAACACGCUUGAUGAUGGAUCCCGUCUGGGAAUCAGCACCGCUUCCCCGACUAAUCUGGUGAAGGGCUCUGACCCCUUUGCAGACGAAGAGGCCGGCAGCCAGACUCCUGAACUGCAGCCAUCUGUUGAUUGGAAGAAUGUCCCGACUGCCCGGAAGCUGCUCGGGGGUAAAUAUGUCUCAUCUUAAGGCUGGGUCCGCAUUUUGCGUUUACCUGCGCACCACCCGUGUACGAACAAAAGACACUGUUCAACGCAAGGGCCUCGGCAACGAUG